AUGGCUGAAGUAGAGCAGUUCCCCUUGGAAGAAGAGUACAAGAAAAACACUGGUGUAACUCCUGAUGACAUAAAGGAAUUGCGACAAUGGCUGAAAACACAACCGCAUCUGCCUGAAAAGUAUAUCACAGACUUAGACCUGAUUUGCUCAUACUACUCCUGCGAAAGAAGCAGUGGUGUCACCAAACAAGUUAUAGAUCUACACUACACGUUACGAACCCUAUUUACACAAUUCUUUAAAAACCGGACGGUUGAAUCGAUUGAAGAAAUUUGUACGGCUAUAUUAAUUACCCCGCUGACUCAGAAAACUAAAGAUGGUGAUGCCGUCCUUUACUGCUCUGUCAUCGAUACUGACCCUAAAGCGUACUGUUAUACUGAAAGUGUAAGAGCAGUAUUCAUGAUCAUAGACCUCUGGCAGUAUGAAGAAGGGACGUGGCCCGGUUUUAACUUGGUCUUGGACUUUAAAGGAGCUACUCUUGGACAUUUGGCAAGGAUUGAUUUGCAUGCACUGCACCAAUUCAUUUAUUACGUUCAGGAAACAAUGAGCGUAAAAAUGAAAGGUCUUCAUUUAUUAAAUGCUCCAUCUUGGGUUGACAAGGUGGUGUCUAUGCUCAAGCUUUUUAUGAAGAAGGAAUUGCUGGAUCUAACAAACAUACACCCAGUGGGCUCUAAAGACGUGGAUAAAUAUGUCCCUAUUGCUGCGCUUCCUAAGGACCGUGGUGGAAAUUAUAAGACAGCAGUAGAAUGCAGAGAUGAUUUACUAAAUAAAUUACGAGCAAACCGAGCCUUCUUCGAAAACGAGAACAAAAAACGUGUCAAUGAAUCCCUGAGGCCGGGGAAACCAAAAACUAUCACCGAUGUCUUCGGCGGAAUAGAGGGAUCGUUCAAAAGCCUCGAGAUUGACUGA